CUCGGGAGUCGCGGGCUGCGGCGGGCGCACGCGGGCCGGGCCGGGAUGAGCGAUGGCCUCGGUCAAGGUGGCCGUGAGGGUCCGGCCCAUGAAUCGCAGGGAAAAGGACUUGGAAGCCAAAUUCAUUAUUCAAAUGGAGAAAAGCAAAACGACCAUCACAAACUUAAAGAUACCAGAAGGAGGGACUGGGGACUCAGGAAGAGAACGGACCAAGACCUUCACCUACGACUUUUCUUUUUAUUCUGCUGAUACAGAAAGUCCAGAUUAUGUUUCUCAAGAAAUGGUUUUCAAAACCCUUGGCACAGAUGUCGUGAAGUCUGCGUUCGAAGGUUAUAAUGCUUGUGUCUUUGCAUAUGGGCAGACCGGAUCAGGAAAGUCAUACACUAUGAUGGGAGACUCUGACGAUUCUGGCUUAAUACCCCGGAUCUGCGAAGGGCUCUUCAGUCAGAUAAACGAAACCACCAGAUGGGAUGAGGCGUCUUUUCGAACUGAAGUCAGCUACUUAGAAAUUUAUAAUGAACGUGUGAGAGAUCUGCUUAGGCGGAAGUCAUCCAAAACCUUCAACCUAAGAGUCCGUGAGCAUCCAAAGGAGGGGCCUUACGUGGAAGAUUUAUCCAAACAUUUAGUGCAGAAUUAUGGUGAUGUCGAAGAGCUUAUGGACGCAGGGAACAUCAACCGGACCACCGCUGCCACUGGGAUGAAUGACGUCAGCAGCCGGUCUCACGCCAUCUUCACCAUCAAGUUCACGCAGGCAAAAUUUGAUUCUGAAAUGCCUUCAGAAACCGUGAGUAAGAUCCACUUGGUCGACCUUGCUGGAAGUGAGCGGGCGGACGCCACUGGUGCCACCGGGGUCCGGCUGAAGGAAGGGGGCAACAUCAACAAGUCCCUCGUGACGCUGGGAAACGUCAUUUCUGCCUUAGCUGAUUUAUCUCAGGAUGCAGCAAACCCUCUCGUAAAGAAGAAGCAAGUUUUUGUGCCUUACAGGGAUUCUGUUUUGACUUGGUUGUUGAAAGACAGCCUCGGCGGAAACUCUAAGACUAUCAUGAUAGCCACCAUUUCACCUGCUGAUGUCAAUUAUGGAGAAACCCUGAGUACUCUUCGCUAUGCAAAUAGAGCCAAAAACAUCAUCAACAAGCCUACCAUUAACGAGGACGCCAACGUCAAGCUCAUCCGUGAACUGCGCGCCGAGAUAGCCAGGCUGAAGACGCUGCUUGCCCAGGGGAAUCAGUAUCCUGUUCCAGAUGGCUGCUGUGGUUCAUUGAAAAUGCUGUUCAAGUCAGAGCUCCAUUUCUGUGUUGUUGAAAUUGCCCUCCUGGACUCCCCCACAGCCUUAAGUAUGGAGGAGAAACUUCAGCAGAAUGAAGCCAGGGUUCAAGAAUUGACCAAGGAAUGGACAAAUAAGUGGAACGAAACCCAAAAUAUUUUGAAAGAACAGACUCUGGCCCUAAGGAAGGAAGGGAUUGGGGUUGUUUUGGACUCCGAGCUGCCCCAUCUGAUCGGCAUCUAUGACGACCUUCUGAGCACUGGCAUGAUCCUGUACCACCUGAAGGAAGGUCAGACAUAUGUCGGCAGAGAAGAUGCUUCGACAGAACAAGAUAUCGUUCUUCGCGGCCUCGGCUUGCAGAGCGAACACUGCAUCUUCGAGAGCGUUGGGGGGUCGGUGACUCUCAUCCCCCUGCGCGGGUCCCAGUGCUCUGUGAACGGCGUUCAGAUCCUGGAGGCCACACACCUCAACCAAGGUGCCAUGAUCCUCUUGGGAAGAACCAACAUGUUUCGUUUUAACCACCCAAAGGAGGCGGCCAAGCUCAGGGAGAAGAGGAAGAGCGGCCUUCUGUCCUCUCUCAGCUUGUCCAUGAGCGACCUGUCCAAGUCCCGCGAGAACCUCUCCGCCGUCAUGCUGUACAACCCAGGUUUUUUCCCUAUAAAAGGACCCAUUUGUCUAAGACUUGAAUUUGAGCGGCAGCAACGUGAAGAGCUUGAGAAAUUGGAAAGUAGAAGAAAACUCAUAGAAGAGAUGGAGGAGAAGCAAAAAUCCGACAAGGCGGCGCUGGAGCGGUUGCAGCAGGAGGUGGAGACGCAGCGCCAGGAGACGGAGAUGGCGCAGCGGCAGAUCCGCAAGCAGGAGGAGAGCCUCAAACGGCGCAGCUCGCACCUGGAGAGCACGCUCAAGGACCUGCUGGCCGAGAAGGAGCGCUUCGAGGAGGCGAGGCAGCGGGAGCAGCAGGAGACGGAGCUGCAGAAGCAGCAGCGGGAGGAGGAACGCUUCCUGCGUGUCCAGGAGGAGCUCCAGCGCCUGCAGGAACUCAACAGCCACGAGAAGGCCGAGAAGGUCCAGAUCUUUCAGGAGCUGGAGCGACUCAAGAGGGAAAAGGAGGAGCAGUACGCCAAGCUACAGCAGGAGAAGCAACGGCUGGAGGAGCAGGAGCGGGAGCAGGUCUUGCGCGUGGCGCAGCUGGAGGCGCAGCUCCGCGCGAAGCAGCAGCUGCUGCGGCCGCCGCAGCAUGGGGAGGUGCAGCGCGCAGCCGAGGAGCGCCGGCACCUGGAGGGCAUCCGCGCCGCCCUCCUGCGUGCCAGGGAGGCCGGGGCCGAGGGGGGCGGCGACAGCCCGGAGCUCGAGCAGGCGCAGCUGCGGUUCUUAGAGUUCAAGCAAAGGCAGCUGGCCACGCUGGCCAACAUGGAGAAGGACCUGAUGCAGCAGAAGGACCUCCUGAAACGGGAGGUGGAGGAGGACUGGGAAUUCCUCCGCGAGCGCGUACCAUCUGGCAGCCAGGAAGAAUUGAGGGGGUCGGAAAAGGAGGAGGAGGGUGGCGCGGACAUCCUCUGGGCGGCCGGAGUGGUGGAGCGGACGCAGCCGGCAGAGGGCAGGCUGCAGUGUAAGAAGCGUCAGCUCCAGGACCUCCUGCAGCAACAUUUGCCCAGGCUGUCGGAGGAGAAGCAGAGAGUCCGUGAGAUCCUCGAUCGAGGUCCUCUCGACCUGGACAACACUUUGUACCUAGUGGAGAAAGAGAUGGAAGAAAAGGAAGAGCAGCUCGCGCAGUACCAGGCCAGCGCCAGCCAGCUGCAGAAGCUGCAGGCCACCUUCGAGUUCACGGCCAACGUGGCCCGGCAAGAGGAGAAGGUGAGGCGGAAGGAGAAGGAGAUCCUGGAGUCCCGAGAGCAGCAGCAGCGAGAGGCGCUGGAGCGCGCGGUGGCCCGGCUGGAGAGGAGGCACUCCGCGCUGCAGAGGCGCUGCGCCCGGGCCGCUGGCAGCGAGCAGGCCGGGCAGGAAGCCCUGGAGAAGGACCGGGAGAGGUUAGAGCAUGAAAUCCAGCAGUUGAAGCUGAAGAUCUGUGAGGUUGAUGGUGUUCAAAAAGGGCAUCGUGGGACCUUAGAGGGAAAGCCUGCUGCUUCCAGCUUCCCAUCCAGUCCAGAAAAAUCUCACCUGGUCCCUCUGAUGGAUGCGAGGAUCAAUGCGUACAUUGAAGAGGAAGUCCAGAGACGCCUUCAGGGUCUACACCACGUGGUCGGUGAUGGCCGCAGUGAACCUGCGGACGCUGUGAAGGAUAAUGAGAAACUCCACAAUGGUACCAUUCAACGUAAGCUAAAAUAUGAGCGGAUGGUUUCCCGCUCUUUGGGAGCAAAUCCAGAUGACCUGAAGGACCCCAUCAAAAUCAGUAUCCCCCGCUAUGUUCUCUGUGGCCAAGGGAAGGACGAGCACUUCGAGUUUGAGGUCAAGAUCACUGUCCUGGAUGAGACGUGGACCGUGUUCAGACGUUACAGUCGUUUCCGGGAAAUGCAUAAAACACUGAAACUGAAGCAUGCAGAGCUUGUGACCCUUGAAUUCCCUCCAAAGAAACUAUUUGGAAACAAGGAUGAACGUGUGAUUGCUGAGAGGCGAAGUCAAUUAGAGCGGUACCUCAGGGACUUUUUCAGCGUGAUGCUCCAGUCGGCCACGUCCCCGCUGCACAUCGAGAAGGUGGGGCUGACACUGUCCAAACACACCGUGUGUGAGUUCUCGCCAUUCUUCAAGAAGGGUGUCUUCGACUACAGCAGCCACGGGACAGGGUAGGACUGGAGACGGAACCUCGCCACACAGUGCCUUCUCAUCCGAGCAGCCCCCGACCAGGGGCCUGGACCCCUCACCGCCUCCUCCGAGUGCCUGAGCAGAGCCAGGGCCAUGCUGGCCACGGUGACAUUGAGUGGCGGCUGUCCCUGCCCGUCUUGGGUGAAUGUGGCCUUCUCAUUGUGUGCAGUCUGUCCUGGAGGCUCCGUCACCCUGGGCCCCUGGAGCUGAGCCAGCCUGGGGCUUCCCUGAUGGGUGGCUGGUCAGACCUCCCCAAUGACUUUCAUCUGGUUUCCCCUUUUACCAGAAUACUCUUUAUUUUUUUUAAUAUCCCUUCCAUGUGGCUGGCUGUAUCCCAAGAAAAGCAUUUUAAAUUAUUUCAUUGUAUUUUCCGUUUUCCCCAUUUGAGGCUGAACUUUUUGUAUAAUCCCUAAGCACCGAUGUUUACACAGAAUUUCACAUUCUGCAAAGGGGAUUUUCAAUCCAAUCACGACUGGAGUCUUCCAUGCUUGACACAUUGGAUGUAGGUUACAUCAGCUUCUAUAAAUCCAUUGAAAUAGGAUAUUUGUUCAAUCUUGAAUAUUCAAGAAGUUUUUACCAAAUGGCUGUCCUGCAUGUUCAAGCUUUCUCUGCUAAGCACAAAAUGAGCUCCUCAUUGAAUGCAUAUUUUUAAACAUUUUGCUCACAUUUUUGUUACUGAAUCUGCUGGAUCUUAAGCUGCAAGACUAGAAUUUACUGUAGUUUAUUAACGAUCUCUUAAAUCACUCAGGACUUAAUGUAGCAUUGUACAUCCACGUACAAGUAAAACUGCUUUGUUUUACUAAAGAGAA